AACCUAAACAUAUAGAAAGAAGCUUUGCAAUUGCAACGGCGACCAACAAUAUCGGAUUCUUUCCGUACAUGGAAAUUAAAAUUAGGGCUUGAAAUUAGCAUCUUCCUCAGUCACCACCAUCAAAUCGGCUUCAUAGCUCAUUCACAUCGUCUGCGCAUCAGGGGUGUAAGAAGAAGAAUGGUUAAUUCAGAGACACCGCGUAAACGAGUUGCAUUCGUGUUAAUCGAUGGGUUGGGGGAUGUUUCUAUUCCAAGAUUUGGAUACAAAACUCCUUUAGAAGCUGCCAAAGUGCCGAAUUUAGACGCGAUUGCUUCUGCCGGAGUUAACGGUCUUAUGGACCCGGUUGAAGUAGGGUUGGGCUGCGGUAGUGACACUGCGCAUCUGUCUCUGUUGGGUUAUGACCCGCGGGUUUAUUACCGUGGUAGAGGCGCGUUUGAAUCGAUGGGUGCUGGAUUGGCCAUGGCUCCAGGGGAUAUCGCUUUUAAAUCAAACUUUGCAACUUUCGAUGAGAAAACCGGAGUGGUUACCAGCAGACGGGCCGAUAGACACUUUGAAGAAGAAGGGCCCAUCUUGUGUGCAGCACUUGAUAAAAUGAAGCUGCCAUCGUAUCCCGAGUAUGAAGUCAGAGUCAGGUAUGCAACUGAACACAGAUGCGGAGUUGUCGUAAAAGGACCUAAACUAAGCGGAAACAUAUCGGGAACCGACCCGCUAAAGGAUAAUCGUUUGCUUCUAGAAGCAAAGCCUCUCGACAAUACAGAAGAAGCCAAACACACUGCAAACGUCGUCAACGAAUUAUCCAAAGAGAUUUCUAAAAUUUUGGUCGCUCAUCCUCUCAACAAAAAACGUGCCACCGAAGGCAAAAACAUCGCCAAUAUCGUCCUUUUACGAGGCUGCGGUAUUAGAAUCGAGGUUCCGGCGUUUGAGAAGAACCAUGGGCUACGACCCUGCAUGGUGGCCCCCACAAAGAUCAUAGCUGGCCUCGGUUUGUCUCUCGGGAUUGAUAUUCUAGAAGCUCUCGGAGCCACCGGAGAUUAUCGAACGUUAUUGACAUCUAAAGCGACUGCAAUCGCAAACGCGUUAUCAGCUCCCGUGCGGACUUGCCCUAACAUUUUUGUACCCGGAGAAGACGAGCACAAACCCGGUGUUUCCGAUGGCUAUGAUUUUGGUUUUCUCCAUAUAAAGGCAAUAGACGAUGCGGGUCAUGAUAAAGCAACUGUUUUUAAAGUCAAAGGGUUGGAAGCGGUUGACAAAGCUAUCGGGCAGCUUGCGAGACUUCUUUGGGAGGCAGAGUCAGCCGGUCCAUUCCAGUUUUUUCUAUGUGUCACCGGGGACCACUCUACGCCGGUUGAAUACGGGGACCAUAGCUUUGAGCCUGUCCCGUUUACGUUAUGUCGGUUGAAAGACUAUGUGGGUGCAGUUGGUGGUGAAUCAGUAGUCUUACAAACUUCUCUUGAUACGUUUCCUCUGCCAACUGUUGAAGCUGGUGACGACUUGUCGGAUUAUGUGGCGGCGGAAGAGGAAAUAAGUCAAGCGGGUCGAGCGUUUUCGGGUGAUUCGGUUUGGAGGUUGGAUGAAAUAGCUGCGGCACGAGGUUCUCUUGGGCGGUUUCCCGGGAGUGAGAUGAUGGGAAUUAUAAAGAAGUUUAUUCAACUUGAAUUAUGAAACUGCUUAGGUUUGGAUGAUCCUCGGAAGACAUAACUAAAAUGACCUUCUUUUUGUUUUUUUACUGUGUGGUGCGGUUUCCUUGAAGCUGCGAGGAACUUGGAAACGGUAAAAAGGCGUGUUACUGGUCCGGGUUGUGGUUAAAGUCUGCUUUUCAGAAGCUAUGUGCUGGAAAUAAGAACUGUGUGUAAGAAAUAAUGAUUUUAAUUAGAAUAUGCGAAGUUUGAGUGAUCUUUUCUGAUUUUUUUUUAUUUUUUAAUAUGUUAAACUUUGGCGUCUUUUCCCAA